AUCCUAUAAAUAGGAGAAAUUUCCGAUUCAUCGGUAAAAAAAUCAUUAAAAAAGAAUAUUAUGCAUGAAUUGGUUAGAAUGAUUUAGAACUCCCGAAAGAAGGAAAAAAAAAGAGUUAGAACAGGCAGUUGGACUUGCAUGAAACAGGACAGUGUUAGGGGUGGAGAAUUGCUGAGGAGUGAAGGGAUUAUCGAACAGAUCAGAAAAUGAUUUAUACUUCGUAUAUGAUCAGCUACUCCUCCAGCAAGUUACGGAAUGCUCAGAACAUUCUGCGGCACAAGCCUGCCAUUUUAGCCCGUUGCUUUUCGAAAGACGUUGGUGCCUGUGGUGAUAAAGGAGAUGGUCUUUCAAGCACUCAACAACUUGGUCCUGUGCCUGGAAAGAGAGACAGAGGAUGUAAAUCUCCCGUCGGUUGCACUCCUAGUACAGUCAAGAACUUUGGCUACACUUCCCGAGCAAAAGAUUUUGGCCUCUUUAAGAUCUCACUAGGAGAGUUCAAGGGCGAUUUUUCAAGAACAGUAACAAAAAUGGGCAUCCCAAUGGCUGGCUUGGGGUUAAACAGGACAUCUUCAUGUUUACAGGCAUCUGCCAGAAGAGGUUUUUCUUCUGAUUCAGGUCUUCCUCCACACCAAGAGAUUGGAAUGCCGUCCCUCUCUCCUACAAUGACGGAGGGUAACAUAGCACGGUGGCUGAAGAAAGAGGGAGAUAAAAUUUCUCCUGGUGAAGUACUAUGUGAAAUUGAAACUGAUAAAGCAACUGUGGAGAUGGAAUGCAUGGAAGAAGGUUAUCUUGCUAAGAUACUACGUGGUGAUGGUGCAAAAGACAUAAAAGUUGGCGAGGUGAUUGCUGUAACUGUGGAAGAAGAGGAUGAUGUUGCGAAAUUCAAGGAUUACCAAGCUUCAACAUCGGGAGCUGCUGGAGUUGAAGUGGCAUCCGAUUCUACACCUCCCAAGAAAGAGGAAUCUCAGCCUGUUGGUUCUCUUGCAUCAAACGCUUCAAAAGGUCUUCCUCCACACCAAGAGAUUGGAAUGCCGUCCCUCUCUCCUACAAUGACGGAGGGUAACAUAGCACGAUGGUUGAAGAAAGAGGGAGAUAAAGUUUCUCCUGGCGAAGUACUAUGUGAAGUUGAAACUGAUAAAGCAACCGUGGAGAUGGAAUGCAUGGAAGAAGGUUAUCUUGCUAAGAUACUGCAUGGUGAUGGUGCAAAAGACAUAAAAGUUGGUGAGGUGAUUGCUGUAACUGUGGAAGAAGAGGAUGAUAUUUCAAAAUUCAAGGAUUACAAAGCCUCGACAUCGGGAGCUGCUGGAGUUGAAGGGGCAUCCGAUUCUACCCCUCCCAAGAAAGAGGAAUCUCAGCCUGUUGGUUCUCCUUCAUCAAAGGCUUCAAAAGUGGAUGAAAGUCCUCAAGCAGAAGAUCGCAUUUUCAUGAGCCCUCUUGCAAGAAAAUUGGCAGAAGACCACAAUGUACCACUUUCAAGCAUCAAAGGUACUGGUCCUGAAGGGCGCAUUGUCAAGGCUGAUGUUGAAGAUUACUUGGCUUCAAGCGCGAAGGCUGUCUCCACACCAGUCUCCAAGGGCACAACAACCCAAACAUUAGAUUAUUCUGAUGUUCCAGUUUCUCAGAUAAGAAAAGUCUCAGCAUCACUGUUGCUGCUAUCGAAACAAACUAUACCUCACUAUUAUUUGACAGUAGACACCUGUGUCGACAAACUUGUGAGUUUGCGGAGCGAACUAAAUUCCCUACAAGAAGACUCUGGCAGGAGGCAGAUUUCUAUCGAUGACCUUGUAAUAAAGGCUGCUGCUUUGGCUCUUCGCAAAGUUCCUCAGUGUAACAGUUCUUGGAUGAACGAUUACAUCCGACAGUACAACAAUGUGAAUAUCAACGUUGCUAUACAAACAGACAAUGGACCAUUUGCCCCCGUCAUCAGGGAUGCAGACAAGAAGGGGCUAUCAAAAAUUGCUGAAGAGGUUGAUCAUUGGACCCAGAAAGCCGAAGACAACAGCCUAAAACCUGAAGAUUAUGAGGGAGGCACAUUUACCGUUGUGAAUUUGGGAGGUCCCUUUGGAAUCAAGCAGUUAUGUGGCAUCAUCAUUCCUCCUCAUGCUGCCAUUCUGGCCAUUGGAUCUGCAGCUGAAAGGAGGGUGAUCCCUGGUGUGAGCCCCAAUCAAUUCAACUUUGGUUCCUUCAUGUCGGCCACAUUAAGCUGUGAUCACCGUGUAAUUGAUGGUGCUAUCGGUGCAGAAUAUCUAAAAGCAUUCAAAGGCUACAUCGAGAAUCCACAUUCCAUGUUGAUCUAACUCAUUGGGGGUGUGCCUGUAUACACAUUUUUGUAGCUUUCAGUUCAAAUAAGGGGCUCUUGAUGCGACCCAUUUCUCUGAUUUUUCUUCUUUUCUUCCCCGUGACUUUUCAUUUAUUUUGGCGUGUUUACCAUGACUGCCUGUUCUUGAGAGUAGAAAGUGUCUACUUCUGAAGUCCGAUAGGAUAUGAUUGGUUGUCUUGAGUCCCCUACACAUACUGAAAAUCUAAUGAGUUGAAUUGUUUUCGUAUUGAGAUUUAAAAGCCAUGCCAAAAAUC